UGCACACAGUGAUCGAAGUGACCUGGUGACCAGCCAACAGGCCCUUUUGGAAUUUAGCAAGAUGAGUAACAAAGGUGACGAUUUCUUCCUGAUUUUGUUAUUUCUUCGUGGUGCAUAGGAAACCUUGGGGACUUUUCACCACCUCCACCACCCUACCCUGUCGGUGAGGGCUACACCCCAGGCUCUCAGAUGCCUCAAGUUGUGGUGAAUCAACCGCAAGUCCAGCAAGUUAUUGUGACCAGUCUUGGUCCGGGGCCAACCUCGACCCACUGCCCUGGGUGUAAUCAGCAGGUCGUCACAAGAACCUCAUACGAAACUGGAGCCCUUACUUGGAUACUGUGUGUAGUCAUUUUUAUUUUCGGCGGUUUCUUUGGCUGCUGUCUCAUUCCAUUUUGUGUUGGAAGUUGUCGAGAUGUGGUUCAUCACUGCCCAUAUUGUAAGCGGUCUCUUGGGGCCUAUAAACGUCUGUAGAUAUGAACAUGAUACCGCACAAUGUUCAAAAAGAACAUGGUUUCAUUAACCUUUAUUGAUUUUUUGUCUUUACUUAUGAAACAGCGCCAUGUGCGCCAACGUCAACUCCGUUCCGCGCGUGCACUAAUUUUUCUCGCAUCUUUGGGUUGUUUUAUCUGAUUUUGAAUAAUAAUUUUUGCUUAUCA